AUGAACAACUCCUCAAUGUGCUGCACUUAUGAAACACCCAUGCUGGACCAAUAUCUUCCCCCUGUAAUGUUCACGGAAUUCAUAUUGGGCCUUAUGGGGAAUGUCGUCGCCCUCUCGAUGUUCUUCUACCACAGGGACACCUGGAAGCCCAAUUCUAUUUAUCUUGCCCACUUAGCUCUGGCGGACGCAUUGGUCCUCUUCUGCCUUCCUUUCAGGGCCGACUACUACCGCAGGGGCAAAGACUGGGUCUACGGAGACGCUUUCUGCCGUAUUUUGCUGUUUCUUCUGGCCACCAACAGAGCUGCUGGUAUAUUCUUCCUCACUGCUGUCGCUGUUGAUAGAUACCUGAAGAUCGUCCACCCUCUCAACCGCAUCAACAGCAUGGGUCUGCGCUACGCCAUGUGGGUCUCUGUUGGCCUGUGGAGUCUCAUCAUAGCCAUGACUGUCUACCUGUUAACAGACGAACAUUUCUACUAUCGAAACAACCGCACACAGUGCGAGAGCUUCAACAUCUGCUUCGGGAAUAAUUCACGGUUCACCUGGCACAAUGUGUUUUACGUUAUCCAGUUCUUCGUGCCCACGGCCAUUGUAAUCUACUGCACAACCUGCAUUACAUGGCAGUUGAAGCGCAAGACAGUGGACAAAAAGGGCAAAAUCAAAAGAGCAGUGCAGUUUAUCUUGGCAGUGGCUGUGGUUUUCGUUGUGUGUUUCUUCCCAAGCAACAUCUCGCGUAUCGCCAUGUAUGUCCUGAAGCUCUGGUAUAACGAGUGCCACUAUUUCUUUGAGGCAAAUGAUGCGUUCAAAACCACUGUCUGCUUUACCUACUUCAACAGCGUGCUCAAUCCCAUCGUCUAUUACUUUUCAAGCCCUGCGUUCAGCGGAUCCUUUAGGAGAAUCUUCAUGAAACUUCAAGGAAAGAAAAUUGAGGAUUAAUAAUAGUUCUGUGACAAUAUUCAGGUAGACACUGGCCCUCUCCCAAAUCCUAAGCUCUCACAGUUUCACAAAAAGUGCAUUCAAAGGGUGCACUGGUG